CUUCCCCCCCACCUCCUCCUCCUCUUUCUCUCAACACCACUCUCUUUCUCUUCGUCUUUCUCUCUCAUCUCUCUUCACGUUCUUCCACAGUCAUUGCACUGAGCGAGCGGUUGUCUCGCGCAUUGCACCUCCUCAUUCGAUCAUUCACAGUCUUCACGCGAAUCGCGCACCGCGCACACCCCCUCGCGCGCUCGGACACGACGCGCUGCGUCGCUGCGUACGCGCUCACGCGACCGACCACGCCAAACGUUUCCUCCCUCCUUGCUCUCCCCUCGACCUCCAUUCCCCCUUCUACCCCCCUCCCUCUUCAUUCCUUCUAAGCUCGACCGCUGCCUCUCCCCCGCACGCCCCACUACUCAUCAGCUAUGGACCGCCGCGGCUCAGCCAGCAAUCCUGGCUCGGCCUUGCGCGGCGCACGGCCGCCGUCGAUCAUCUCGACGCGCCGCGGCACUCACCCCACCACCCAUUCGCGCGGCCAGUCGAGCGACGAGCCAAGCCAACCACCCUCGCCCAUGACAUACUUUCCCAACCCGUCGACGUUCACCUCAGAGCCGCCAUCGUCGCAGUACGUUCCCGCCAGCAUUCAGACAUCUCCGAGCCUCGCCAGCGUCCGCCAGCCCGGCUCGGUCUCGCAGUCUUCCCUCUCCCUCAGCUCCGAGUACGAUACCGACCCUGUUGCACGGACCCCUCGCCUGAACCCCACUCCUGGCGUCGGCGACCUCCAGUCCCAGCAGGCCAUGCCCAUACAGGCGCAGUACCACCCCACGCCGAGCAGCCACCGUGGCGACUCGGUGCCCAUACUGGGCACCAGCCCUCGACUUGGCAGCUCGCGGCGGAGUGCGAGCGUCGCGAGUGCACGUCCUGUUAACAUGCCGACCUACGGCGCGACAGGCCACCUUGGUCCCCCCUUGGCAGGGAGUCUAGGCGGCCUCGGACUUGGGCCCGACUCGGCUCUCGGCCUAGGCGGUGGCGACUCACGACGCAUCGCGUCAAUGGCAGCGGGGAGCUCGACUGGUCGGCGCGGCGAGAGCCCCAAGCUGCCUUCCCUUGCCCUGCCAAGCUCGGGGUAUACAACGAGCAGGCAGCAGCCUGCUACCGCUCAUGGAACACCUCGCCUGCGCAAGGAGGAGAACGCAGGCUUCGGCAGCGCUUCGCGUGGUGGCCGCUCGUCGUCGCGACCUGCCCACCGCCGGGGCAUCAGCGUCUCGUCCAAUCUCUCACCCGUGCAACAGAUUCAGUCGCCUUCAUCACCCAGUGGCUCUGUCUUCCGCAAGCUCAAGAGUGUGUCGAGCAAUCUUGGCCUCACUCUCCACCGCACGCAGACUGCAUACGAUGAUGGCUCAGAGUAUGACGACGAUGGCGAGGACGAGGGCAAGCUCGCAAACGGCACGCGCGUGUGGUACUCAUCAUACGUGACCAUUGACUGGCUCCACGACGCCAUCAAGGAGUCCUCGCGUAUCCGCCGGCUUCGCCACUUGAAAAAUCGCUCAGUGCGCGGCGCAAUCGCCAACGCCUGGGACCGCUUCCAGGGCUGGCUGAUCGUGACGGUCGUCGGCGUUCUCACGGCUCUCGUCGCGUUCCUCAUCAUCCGCUCCGAAAUGGCCUUCUUCGAUUUGAAAGAAGGGUACUGCGCCAGAUCCUGGGGCACCGCCAAGCGCUUCUGUUGUGCGCCCCGUCGUGGCACUCAUCCCGACCCAUCGAGUGGCGACGAAGAGGAGUGUGGCGACUGGAUAGAGUGGGGUCUGUUCUUUGGUGGCAGUGAUGAGGCUGAGGCUGCGUUUUGGAGCCAACCCGAGUUCAUGGCCUACUUCUGCGUCGCGGUCACCAUCGCUUGUCUCUCUUCCGCCCUUACAUACUACCUCACUUCCUCGGCCAACCACGUCACGUCGAAGGACUCGGCGUUCCUUGGCCCCUCGGUCGAGGCUCGAGGGGCGCAGCUAGCGCCUCCGCUCAAGCUGCCCACUGAGCGCGAGCCACUCCUCACGCCUGGGUCAGACGCCAGCUUGGAAGCUCCACCCCAACCUCCCCGCCCCGUUAUCUACAUGGCUGCCGGCAGUGGUAUUCCCGAGAUUAAGACGAUCCUCUCCGGAUUCGUGAUUCACGGCUACCUGGGCAUGUCGACGCUCGUCGUCAAGAGUGUGGGACUAGCGCUAUCGGUCGGCUCGGGCCUUUCUCUCGGCAAGGAAGGUCCUUUUGUUCACAUCGCGUCCGCCAUCGCCAACAUUGUCUCCCGCGCAUUCGCAAAGUACGACCACAAUGAGCUGAAGCGACGUGAGAUUCUUUCAGCUGCCUGCGCUGCCGGUGUGGCCGUGUCCUUCGGCGCCCCGAUCGGUGGUGUCCUUUUCUCCCUCGAGGAGGUGUCGUACUACUUCCCUCCAAAGGUCAUGUGGCGCGCCUUCUGGUGUGCAGCUGUCGCGGCGAUCACGCUGCGCGCCCUCAAUCCGUACGGCAACGGCUCGAUCGUCCUCUUUGCCGUAACGUAUACCAAGGAGUACCACUAUUGGGAGUUUGCCGUGUUCAUCCUCCUCGGUGUCUUUGGUGGGUUGUACGGCGCACUGUUCUCGCGACUCAACAUUAUCUGGAGCCGGGAAGUGCGCAAGGGCACGUGGCUCGCACGCCACCCCAUCUUUGAGGUGUUCCUUGUGACUGCCCUCACGACGGUCGUCUCGUUCUUGAACCCAUUGGCGCGCCUCGGCGGCACAGAGCUCGUCGCGAAGCUCUUUGCAGAGUGCUCGGUGGACUCGACGUCGGCGCUGUGUGUCGACAGCGGCUUCAAGGUUGGCUCCAUCAUUAGUGUGAUUGGCUGGGCGCUGCUCAUCAAGGCAUCUCUGACGAUCAUUACCUUCGGCGUCGUGCUGCCUGCGGGUAUAUUUAUCCCCUCACUUGUUAUUGGCGCGUGCUUCGGCCGCAUCGUCGGCGUUCUCCUCGAGCUCUUCGAGCAUGACCACCCCAGCUUCCCCAUAUUCGACGGGUGCCGCGCGGGCGCGAGUCCGUGCAUUGUGCCAGGCAUCUACGCUAUGGUGGGCGCGGCUGCGACGCUUGCGGGAGUGACGCGCACGACCGUGUCCCUUGCGGUCAUCAUGUUCGAGCUUACCGGCACUCUCAACUACGUUGCGCCGGUCAUGCUCGCUGUGCUAGUGGCCAAGACGGUCGCCGACGGGCUCGAGAAGCGCGGCAUCUACGAGCUCGUCAUUGAGCUCAAGAAGCUGCCGUACCUCAGCAACAAGGAAGAAUACCUUUGGGGUGGGAGACUUGUGUCUGAAGUGAUGGACCGCGACGCACCCACGCUUCGCGCUGACAAGGUGCACACUGUGCGCGAGCUCACAGGACGCUUGCUUGAGCUCGUGCGUCUCGGGUAUGCGGACGCCGGUUUCCCAGUAUUGGUCAAGGAACCGGCAGCGGAUCGUGAGGGACGCACAUUCCCUACAUUGCGUAUCCUCGGCUUCCUCGGCAUCAACGAACUGGAGCACGCACUCAAUGAGCUCGCAGACGAACCGGAUGCCGAGGUCAACCUGAUCCCCGACGACAGCUUGAUGCGCUCAUCGCGCAUGAGCAUCUUCAGCUUCUCGGAGAGCCACGAGGGGAGACACAACCCCUACGACCUGAGCCAGUACAUCGACAGAGCGCCCAUCACUGUACAGGCGUACUCGCCGCUGGAGCUAGUGCAGCAGAUGUUUGUCAAGCUUGGGGCACGCCAGAUUCUGGUGACAGAUUCGAGGGGAACAUAUCGGGGUGCGCUGUACAAGAAGCAGUGGAUAGCGUUCCUCGACGACUUGGAGCUGUUGGAGCGGUAGGGGUAAUGUAGUCGCCAUUAGUGAUGAACUUGACGAGCCAAGGUUGAGGAGGGAGGAGCACGGAGGCCGCUGACAAGCAGACAUGCUGACAAGCUGACACGUCAACGAGUUGGACGAAAGAGCGUGGAGUUAGAACUCGUCACAGAGACUGGGACUAGCUGACAUGUUAAUAACGAGGAAACAACUCGACCCAUGACAUUUCCACGGAGGACCCUCGUUGUCCGCGCCGCGUCAUGGGAGUUUAUCAUUGAUAUCUGACGCAGACGAG